AUGCGCUCCGCCAUCACCAGAGCCGUCCUCGCCAGGCCAACGGCCUCCGCCAUCCCCAGAACCGCCUUCCUGCUGCCCUCGCUACGAUUCUCCUCCACCCAGAGCAGCACGCCUCCUCCUCCCACUCCCGCCCAGACGCAGACGCAGAUGACCAAGGCGGCGAAGCCGUACAUCAUCGGACAGACCGCCUCGGGCUACUGGCCCGUCUACAAAUCCGUCAAGUCCGCCGGCUCCAGCAAGUACACCAUCAUCAAGAAGAUCCAGGGCGACAGGAACGCCCUCGCAGACGACAUCGCCGCGCAGCUCGGCGUGCCCAGGGCGGACAUCAAGAUCAACCCGGUGACGGACCACAUCAGGGUCAAGGGCUCUUACAGGGUCGAAAUCAGGAAUUUCGUAAUCAGCGUGCUGGGCGAUUCCGACGCGUUCAAGAACAAGCCGGCCGAUACCACGGCAUGA